CUCUCUUUCUCUCUCUCUCCGGAAUACAGAAUUGCUUCUCCCUCUCUUCUUUUUCUUUUUCCCCCCAGGCUUUAUUUUUUUUUUAUUUUUUUAGAGAAAACAUCAUGACACAAUCUGAAUUCAUUAUUCGCAAUACAAGGCCCGAAGAACUUGAUGCUUAUAUCGACGUCCUUGAACGAGCAGCAGAAUGGAUGGAAUCUCAAAAUCUCGCCCAAUGGAUCCCAGGAACGUUUCGACAACCAGAGACUCGUCAACAUAUUGCCAAUGCAAUCGCUCAGCAAAACUCUUUUAUUGUUGAACCUGUUAAUACGAUGAACGGUAGUAACAAUAACAGUACAUCCUCAUCCUCAUCAUUAUCAGCAUCAUCAUCAUCACCAUCAUCAUCAUCACCAUCAUCAUCAUCACCAUCAUCAUCGUCAUCAGGAACAAUCGCCGCCAUCUUUGCUUUAAAUUAUGAAGAUCCCUUUGAUGAAAUGUUAUGGUCUCCAUUAUUGGGUCCCGAUCAUUGGAAGGAUGCGAUUUAUGUUCAUCGACUCGUGGUCGAGCCUUCCUUCCAGGGCAAAGGAAUCGUCCCCCAGAUUUUGGCCUUUGUCGAAAACCUGGUGAUCGAAAAGGGCAAGACCUUCUUAAGAUUGGAUUGUCGGGCCAAUAAUCCAAGACUACGAAAAUUUUAUCGGGAAAAAUGUCGUGGGAAAGUAGUGAUGAUUUCGAAUGAAAAUAAUAACAAUAACAAUAGCAAUAACAAUGGUAAUGACAAAGACGGCGUUGUACAAGAACAAGUACUACAAGUACAAGGAUUAGAGGAAAGAGGAACUUUUCGGAAUCCAAAAACAGGGAUUGAGUAUGCACGUUUUGAACGACGGAUCGUUCCUGCAUCCUCUUCUUCUUCUUCUUCUUCAAAUGCGUAAAAAGAUUAC